GUUUAGUUUAACUCGACCUUUGCCUCUAAACAGACUAGACAAGUUUGUAGAUGUUUUUUUUUUUUAUUUUUCCUCAAAUAAAAAAACAAUUAAAUAUUUGUUAUUCCCUCAAAUUAAUUUAUUUUAGAAAGUUAAAAAGAAAAUAAAUUUUAAAAAAUUACUGAAAUUAAAAAUUAAUAAACACAUGAACGGCAAUGAGUGACCAGUGGAGGUUUAUUUACAUAUUUGGGGGUUGAUGGAAAUAAUGAAUAUUAGACAUGUUGUCAAUGGUAAAUGAUGGUAUCAUUUUUUCCAUCAUCACGUUAUCCAUUUAAUUGAAUCAAAAUUUCAAAACACACUCUGUUAUUUGCAUACUAAGUGUCUGUAGAAUGAUGUAUUACAUAAAAUAUAAAUGUAAAAUACAUGUAGAUAGUUUGAUGUGUCUUCUCAUCCUUUUUAAUUAGCUACGGAAAAUCGAAACUUUAAUAUCAGUGACAUGUGAUGAACAUUAUCCAACAUUAAUGAGAAUAAAAUAAAUAAUUGGAUUAAUAACAGGACUAAAAGCAUAAUUGGUAAUUGUUAUAAAUAAUUACAAACAACAUCUAUUCUAUUUGUUUUAUAAUUAAAAUUGAAGUCUAAUUGAAUAUCAAAGGUGUAUGAGAAAGCCGCAAUUUUACCACUCUGACAAUUACAAGCAAUUAAUAUGGGUUUUAAUCUCAUGAAUAAUCAAUUAAAUAUUGAAGAGAGUAAACAAAAAAAAUUUCACCUCACAUUUAUAAUAAAAUGGUAUAAAUAUAAGUCAUCAAAGAAGUUCAAAUAAGUGAUAAUGAGUUUAAAAGAAUGUAAUCAAAUUUGCAACAACCAUAAAGGCAAUCUCAAGGAGGAAAAAAAUUAUAAAAUCUGGCAUCUGUCCAUAUAGAUGACACUGUCGCCAACAUCGCUGAAAAAAAUAGUGUGGGCAAAUCGUGUUAAGAACUCAGUGAAUGCAUCAGAAUCAACGGAGGGGGACGAAGAGGACGACGAGGAAGAGAGGAGUAAAAUAGAGAGAUAACAUAGUAGCACAAUCAAAGAAUAAAGUACAUAAUAAGAAUGAUGUCCUAGUGUGAGCUUCAUGAGAAGAAAGGGGAGCUUGGAAUGCUUUUAAGCAUUGGUUAAUAUCGUAUGGAGGGGCAGAACGUGAAUACAGAAACAACUUGGCACCUCACGCCGAUUGCAACAGAAGAUCCUAAAAACUUUUUUCAAGACUUUCCUGGAAAAAAUUCACCCUUUACAGCUGCCGAGGCAAUUGUGAUAGCUCUGGUAUUGGGCAGCAUCAUCGUGGGCACCGUGAUCGGCAACAUUUUGGUCUGUGUGGCAGUAUGUCUCGUCAGGAAGCUGCGGCGUCCCUACAACUAUCUUAUUGUCAGUCUUGCGGUGAGUGACCUUUGUGUUGCACUGCUGGUUAUGCCAAUGGCCCUUGUCUACGAAAUACUCGGCAGCUGGUCAUUUGGACCUAUCAUUUGUGAUCUUUGGGUUAGCUUUGAUGUACUCAGCUGCACCGCCAGUAUCCUCAACCUCUGCAUGAUAUCUGUAGACAGGUAUUAUGCUAUUACACAACCGCUUGAUUAUGUUGUAAAGAGAACACCACGGCGAAUGAUUUUCUGCGUUGGUAUGGUCUGGCUUGUUGCAGCAUGUAUUAGUCUUCCACCCCUUCUUAUCUUAGGAAAUGAGCAUAAAUUUGAAAUGGGUGCCUGGCAUUGUGAUGUCUGUCAGAAUUUUGGAUAUCAAAUAUAUGCUACGCUUGGUAGCUUUUACAUUCCACUCAUCGUGAUGAUUCAGGUAUAUUCUAAAAUAUUCUGUGCUGCAAGGAAGAUUGUUCUUGAAGAGAUGAGCGCUCAGAGUCACUUAAAAGCUCACUGUACUCUGGGAAUUGAACCACCAGUACAUGAUUCAAGCAUCAUCAAUCGACCGUUUAAUUCCGAUAUUCAAACCACUCAUAGUACUCCUAAUAUAAAGCAGCAUCGUAGCUCUAGUGCUUCUACGACGUGUAGUGGGCAUGGAGUAAAGUGUUUCACUGGUGGUCCAAGGAAAAGCAAUGAAUCUCAAUGUCCUAUGCUAUUUAAGACUGAAAAAACGACAGUUGGUUCAUCAACUACCUUGACUACUGGCAAAUCAGUGGUAAAAAACCACCUACACAGCUCUUGCAGCGUAUCGAACUCACCUCAUCAAAAGAAGUUGCGGUUUCAAUUAGCAAAGGAACGAAAAGCCAGUACAACUCUAGGCAUCAUUAUGAGUGCCUUUACUAUCUGCUGGUUGCCAUUCUUCGUGCUUGCAUUAGUUCGACCAUUUCUCUCUGAUCCUAAAGCAAUACCCAAGUCUCUAUCAAGUCUAUUUCUUUGGCUUGGUUACUGCAACAGUCUGCUCAAUCCAAUUAUCUAUGCUACUCUUAAUCGAGACUUUCGCAAGCCUUUCGUUGAAAUCUUAUGUUUCCGCUGUGGCAAUCUUAAUCACAUGAUGAGAGAAGAGUUUUAUCAAAGUCAAUAUGGUGAUCCUGUGAACAAUUAUGUUAUUAAAUCAUGUGAUCAUGAAGAUAGUGAACAUCUUGAUAACCAUGGUGGGGAACUCGUUACUCUUACUGUCACUCCUGCUAAUGAGAGCUUUCUAUGAUAGGUGUUUAAUAAAGAAGAGUUUAUAUUCAAUUAGAAGUGGCAGAACUUGAUGUUGUGUACUGAGAAAAAAAUUAUUUUUUAGUAUAGAAAUUAUUUUAUUGAAAAUUAUCAAUCAACUCUAAUGAUAUAUUCAUACAAAAAGAUUCUAUUUUUAAAUACUUUUAACA